ACGACAUGGGUCAAUCCGAGAGCAGUCCGUUGCCGCUUGCUGCGAUGAGCGGCAAUCUCGAGUCCGUCGAAGCGCAAUUGGCCCAAGGCAUCGACGUCAACGGCGUCAAUAGCGAGGGUCAAUCCGCCUUGUUCAAAGCGGUCGAGAAGAACGAUAUGGACAUCAUCGACGCGCUUCUCGCAGCGGGCGCCAAAGUCGACUUCAGUGGCCAAGGCUUUGUGUCGCCGCUUAUUUUGCCAUUCGAAAGGAGCGCGACGAAGCCGUGGCGAAGCUUAUUGCUGCUGGCGCUGACGUCGACAUGACAUUUGAUGGUAAGAGCGCGCUGGCAUACGCUACCAGCACGGAAAACGUCACCAUCAUUCAACGACUCCUUGACGCCAAGGCCGACAUCAACGCCUUUGAAAUGGAAAAUGGUGUCCCGCCCGUGGCUAUGGCCAUCUACCUCAAGUCCCCGACGCUGCUGCGAUUCUUGCUGGACGCCGGUGCCAGUGUCAACGUUCUUGCCGACUCGGAUGGCUCUACGCUGUUGCAUCUCGCUGCCGACGCUAGCACCCUUGAGAUUGUCACGAUCCUGCUCGAGGCUGGCGCCAAAGUCAACGCGCAGGGCGAGACGGUGGGCACCGCGUUACACGCAGCCGCACAAAAUAACAGGUCCGAGAUCGCAUCGCUACUGCUUCAAGCUGGCGCCAAUGUCAACAGCGUCGACACGGAUCGGGAGACACCGCUAUUUCGAGCCGCGCAGCGUGGCCACCUGGCCAUGGUCGACCUGCUUCUCGCCGCCGAUGCCGACGUUCACCGCUGCGACGAGGAUUGGCGGUCGCCGCUUUAUGUUGCAGCCAAGAACGGCCACGCAACCGUCGUGCAGCGACUUCUAGAAGCUGGCGCCGACAUCCUUAAAUGCACCUCGACAGGCCAGUCGGUGCUGCAUGCAGCCGUGAGAUCUGGCCACAUGGGGAUUGUGCGCAGGCUUCUCGCUGCCGGCGCGUACAUUGAUCGGUCGCAGGCAGGACCGCUCGCGGCGGCGAUCGAGGAAGACCACCAAGCCAUCGUACUCCUGCUGUGCGAGGCGAUUGUCGAGCGAGCCAAGCGGCCGCAAACGACCGUGCAGCUACCGUCGAUCGAGACCGACGCGAGUGAUCGCUGGCUCGACGUCGACGAUGCGACGACGCUUCGCGGCGGAGUGUAAGAACCAAGUUGAAGAGCAAAACCCCUUGAAACUUAAUAGUACCUAUGAUAUCGGA